GAAAAACGCAGCUAGCGGCGUAAGACCACUAGAAGCCAGAGGAAGCCGACCAAAGGCCUGGCUGGAGGAGCGCGAGACCACGAGGAUAAUUGUGCGUUACGCCGCAUUGUUAUAAUCCGUAACAGCGCUCACCACCGCUGCGAGGAAACGCCUUCGGCCGGGAGCCAGCCCUCCACCAAAAAAAGGAGACCCAGUUUCGCGGAGCCAUGCAGGGCGGCUACCCGGGGCAGAUGCCGGGCCAGAUGCCCGGCCAGAUGCCGAUGAUGCCCGGUCAGAUGCCCGGCCAGAUGCCGAUGCAGAUGCCCGGUCAGAUCAAUCAGCAAGCGAACCAGCACCGGCCGCCGACGGACGCGGCGAGCCGCCGGUCGUCGAUCUCGGCGCUCGACGCGCUCGCGCGGCCGGCGCCGCCGGCCGGCGGCAUGCCCGGCUACGGCAUGCCCGGCGCCAUGCCCGGCUACGGUAUGCCGGGGCAGAUGCCCGGCGCGAUGCCGGGAAUGAUGCCUGGGAUGAUGCCGCCCCGGCCCAUGAUGCCUGGGCAGAUGGGCAUGCCGCCGAUGGGCAUGCAGAUGCCCAUGGCGCCGCCGCAGAUGAUGCCCGGGAUGCCGCCGGCCAUGCCCGGAGCCAUGCCGGGAGCCAUGCCGGGAGCCAUGCCCGGCGCCAUGCCCGGCGCAAUGCCCGGCGCCAUGCCCGGCGCGAUGCCCGGCGCCAUGGGCGCGCCGCCGCCGCGGCCGUCGCCGCCGAAGCCGGCCGGCCCGCCGCCGAUCCCCCAGUACACGCCGUCGCAGCCGCUCCCGCCGAAGCCCCAGAUGCCCGGCGCGCUGAACGUGGCGCCGCCGGCACCCGCGGCGCCGGCCGUGCCCGGCCUGCUCCAGCCGACGCCGCUCGCGCCGCCCGCGCCCGCGCCGCAGCCGACGGGCGCCGUCGACCUCUUCGGCUUGCCCGUCGCCGCGCCGCCGCCCGCACCUCCGGUAGCGCCGGCGCCGCCGCCGCAGGAGGAGAGCUGGGGCCUCGACGGCCUCGACCUGAGCGCCGGCCCCGCGGCGCCCGCGCCCGCGCCUCCGUCAAGGCAGAAGAGCAACGACUGGCCCGCGCCCUCCGGCGUGGACCCCGCCGUCUGGGCGCAGCUGCCCGAGGCCAUGCAGCGCGAGAUCCUGAUGCAGCGCGGCGGCGACCCGCACGCCGACUCGGCGACGGCGGCCGUGCCGCCGCCGCGCGCGCCGCGCGCGAGCGGCGCCGACGCCUACCGCUCCCAGAAGCACAGCGAGGCGCCGGCUCAUUCGACACACGGCGUCGUGCAGAUCGAAUGUUUGGCGCGGUGUUCCCUACGCACCCUAAAAACGAAAGUGUGGAAGCCGAGCGUGGUCAUCAUCAAGGGCCACCGCGAACUUUUGGUGUUUCGCAACUCGUCGGACUGGGCGCAGUACCGCACGGCGAGCGUCCACCGCGGCGGCGACAUCGUCCAGGCGAUGAAGGCCGUGACGCCGCUCAUCAAGCUGCACGUCAUGCUGAGCGCCGUCCACGUGACGGACGAGGUCAAGGCCAAGGAGUACAAGACCUUCGGGCCCUUGCACCAUUUUACACUCUCCGAAACGGGCGCGGAGGGCAAGGAAAAAGUGAUCGCCAAGUUCGCGUCGCGCGGCGCGCGCGAGUGCUUGGAUUUGCGCUCGGCCAUCAACGCCGGCAUCCGCAACGCGCGCGGCGGCGGCUCCUUCCGGUCUUCGGGCGGCGACGCGACCGGCCGCUACUCGUGAAUUGACCGUCCUCCCCCCCCCCUCCCCUUUUAAGUUCGGUUCGAGUCUUACAACACUACUCGUCGAAGCGCUUGCCACGGCCUA